UUUUUAGACGUAUAAAUAUCAUAACAGUACGUAAUGCACUACAUUCGGUUGUAAUCUGCUGAAAAACAUGGAUCGUUGGGUUGCAAAAACUGCAAUUGUGACUGGAGCUAGUUCAGGGAUUGGGGAAGCUAUUGCUGAGGAAUUGGUUAAAGCAGGAAUGCAGGUUGUAGGUCUUGCUCGUCGUGUAGAACUUGUCCAGGCCAACUCUGAGAAACUUACUCAAAACAAUUACAAAGGAAAACUCUAUGCGGUUAAAUGUGACAUCCGCAGUGAAGCAGAAAUUUGUAAAGCGUUUGAAUGGACAACUAAAAAUGUUGGGAUAGUCCAUGUUUUAGUCAAUAAUGCAGGGAUUAUUCUGCCUACUAAUUUAAUCAAUGGAGAUGCUGAAAUGUGGAGGACCAUUUUAGAAACGAAUAUAUUUGGUCUCUGUGUUGCCCAAAAAGAAGCCUGUAAAUUAAUGAUGGCGCAUAAUAUAGCAGGACAUAUUGUUAAUAUCAACAGUGAUGCAGGACAUGGUCAUUAUUAUUUUCCCACGAAUAGUGUUUAUGGAGCUAGCAAACAUGCAUUAACAAAUAUUUGUGAGAUGAUGAGGCUUGAGUUAUUAGCUCAUAAGUCCAAUAUAAAAAUUACAAGUGUGAGUCCAUCUGAAACUAGAACUGGUCUAACAGCUCCUGAAUUUAUUUCAGAGGAAGUCUUUGAAAUGUUGAAAGAUAUGCCAAUAAUGGAGAGCAAAAAUGUUGCUGAUGCUAUUUUGUAUAGUUUAAGUACUCCUCCUGAUGUGUUGAUAACCGAAAUUAGUUUAAGAGCUAUUGGGAACAAAUUUUGUUGAUAAAGUUUAAAUUUUUACUCAUAAAAAAGUUAUAAGUAAUAAAAUAUUUAUAAUUCCCUAAAACAAUAAAAAUUCAAAACAAGUUUUUUAAUCUA